CAAACUGUGCGGUUGUUAGAACUUUUAAAUUUUCUUUGCAACGUCUUGGCAACGUUUUAAAUUUCCCUCGACAGCUAACAAGAACAAGAAACUCAAAUAUAAAAAAAAAAAAGUUGAAUACGUCGAAUUUUUCAAAACCUGACCGGUCGCAAGUCGUUGAGAGUUGCAUUAGUAAUAUUGCAUUUUAUCUUUAUACAAAAUUAUUGAAAAUCAAGUCUCAAUUUUUGCAUUAAAUUUCCCCCAUUAAAUUCUAUUUUGUAUUGUAAAAAGUGUUUGGAAAUUGCUGGAAAACGCGUCGCAACGCGUUGACCGAGAGUUUACAAAAUACGUUAAGCGCGCGACAGUUGCCAUUGCCGACAGGAUAACACCACCACCUCCGGGAUUUUCGCUGCGGUGAAAAUGAGUUUUCACAAAAGCGAUUCACGCACGCCGCUGGCACCGGCGGAAUAUACCAAAAUUCCGACGGUUGUGACGGUCUACGACAGCGAGAAGAAAAAUGGCAGCAGGAACAAUGCGAGCAUAAGCCAGCCCAAAUUUAUACGCUCGGACAUGGCCGACGUGCCAGUCCAGCAGGCGGCUGGGUCCACCCUCCCAUUGGUGUUGACGCGCAAAAAAGGCGGCGAUGAUGGCGAGGAUGGCCACUAUAAUCCCUUCGAGCACCGCAAAGUGGAGCACCCAACAUCUGAUUUGGAAACCUUCGUGCAUCUGUUGAAAGGCUCACUGGGUUCAGGCAUUCUGGCCAUGCCCAUGGCCUUUGCCAAUGCCGGUCUGUGGUUUGGUCUGGUGGCCACCUUAUUCGUGGGCACCUUGUGCACCUACUGCGUACACGUGCUGGUCAAGUGCUCGCAUAUACUCUGCCGGCGUCGCAAGAUUCCAAUGAUGGGCUUCGCAGAUGUCGCCGAACAAGCCUUUCUGGAUGGUCCACCCUCGCUGAAUCGCUGGUCCCGCUUCAUACGCUUCAUGGUGAACACGUUUCUAGUGAUCGAUCUGCUUGGUUGCUGCUGCAUCUAUCUGGUGUUUGUGGCUACCAAUGUACAACAGGUGGUCGGCGUUUACAUGGAUACUGUGCUCAGCGUGCGUUUGUGGAUUGUGAUUGUGUCUGCGCCUUUGGUUUUCAUGUGCCUGGUGCGCAAUCUGAAGUUUUUGACGCCCUUCUCGAUGAUUGCCAAUAUUCUGAUGUUUGUGGGCAUUGUCAUAACGUUCGUCUAUAUGUUUACGGACUUGCCAGCGCCAGCUGAGCGCGCGGGCGUGGUUUCGCCAGUGCAGUGGCCUCUGUUCUUCGGCACGGUCAUCUUUGCCCUGGAAGGCAUCGGUGUAGUUAUGUCCCUGGAGAACGACAUGAAGAAUCCCAACCACUUCAUUGGCUGCCCCUCGGUGCUCAAUCUGGGCAUGGGCCUGGUCAUUGGCCUUUACACACUGGUCGGCUUCUUUGGCUAUCUCAAGUAUGGCCCCGAUACCGAGGCUAGCAUAACACUGAAUCUGCCCCUGGAAGACAAAUUGGCACAAUCCGUUAAGCUAAUGAUUGCCAUUGCUAUAUUCUUUACCUUCACGUUGCAGUUUUAUGUGCCAGUCAGCAUCCUGUGGAAGGGCAUUGAGAACAAGAUUCCUGCUGCGCGCAAGAACAUCAGCGAGUACGGACUGCGUGUGGGCCUGGUGAUUCUUUGCUGUGGCAUUGCUGUGGCGCUGCCCAAUUUGGGUCCAUUUAUCUCGCUCAUUGGCGCCGUCUGCCUGAGCACGCUGGGCAUGAUGGUGCCGGCGAUUAUUGAAUUGGCUGUCUACAAUGAGGAUCCUGGCUAUGGUCGCUUCAAGUGGCGGUUGUGGAAAAACUCGGGUUUGAUAUUGUUUGGCAUUGUGGGCUUCGUAACGGGUACAUAUGUGAGCAUAUGCGAGUUUCAGGCUGAGUUUAACGGGGGCCAUGUGGGCGAUGCACAGUGAGCAGCCGCCCAAAAGUUUACGCUAAUUUAAUUUAAAUUAGUUUUAAUAAAACUCUUCUAAGCACAGGGA